AUGGUGUUUCCCCCAAACACCCAGCAUAAGUUCACCUCUGGCAGAGUUGCCUUCCAGCUCCUGCAGGUGGGAGUCGACUCACCUGCAGCAGGCACUCAGCACAACUCCGCAGGACCGGCUCACCUGCACCGGGCACUCAGCACAGCCUCCAGCAUGCAGCACCUCCCCGCUGCCACCCGGGCCACCCUGAUCCUCAGCCUGGCCUUUGCCUCCCUCCACUCGGCUUGCUCGGCAGAAGCAAGCAGCAGCAACAGCUCAACCUUGACCGCUCACCACCCAGACCCUGGGACCCUGGAGCAGUGCCUCAACGUGGACUUCUGCCCACAAGCAGCCCGGUGCUGCCGCACAGGAGUAGACGAGUACGGCUGGAUCGCGGCGGCUGUUGGCUGGAGCCUCUGGUUCCUCACCCUCAUCCUGCUCUGUGUGGACAAACUGAUGAAGCUGACUCCAGAUGAGCCCAAGGACUUGCAAGCGUGAGACCCAGGCUCGGUGCACAAAAUGGUGAUCGCCACCAAUUUGUGGCUAAUGGGGAAGGGGAGUAAGGCUAACAUGGUUUCUAUUAUUUAAGUCAUUUUCACCUUCAAGCUUCAGUUACUUUUACAAGGGAAAGAAGAAAGAGCGGGAGAACCAAAUAAGGCAAGCCAGUGCUGCCCUUGCAUGUCACUCCCAAGGGCCUCUGGGCCUUCUGUGCCCAGGUAACUCCUCUCUCAAGAUAGUCCCUCUGUAAUUUAUCCUGUUUUAACCUUUCUUCUAGGCACCAAGGGAGGUGCACAAGAAACUAUAAGACUUAGUCUCAUCAUCAACAUUUUCAGAAGCAAGUGCAUAACCUUCUCACCAAAACCAGGUUAUUUGCUUCUGUCCCUGGCUUGAGUCCCGGGCUUAACUGUCAUUUCAGAAUGUGAGAAUCAGUCAGGUAUGGUGGCUCAUGCCUGUAAUCCCAGCACUUUGGGAGGCAGAGGUGGGCAGAUCACUCAAGGUCAGGAGUUCCAGAUCGGCCUGGCCAACAUGGUGAAACCCUGUCUCUACUAAAAAUACAAAAAUUAGCCAGGUGUGGUGGUGCACACCUGUAAUCCCAGCUACUUGGGAGGCUGAGGCAGGAGAAUCUCUUGAACCUCGGAGGCGGAGGUUGCAGUGAGCCACGAUCAUGCCACUGCACUCCAGCCUGGGCGACAGAGCAAGACUCUGUAUCAGAAAAAAAAAAAAAAAAAAAGAAUGUGAGGAUCAGUCGGGCAUGGUGGCUCAUGCCUGUAAUCCCAGCACUUUGAGAGACUGAGACAGGAGGAUCGCUUUAGCCCAGGAAUUCGAGACCAGCCUGGGCAAGAUGGCAAGACCUUGUUUCUGUUUAAAAACUUUUUAAAGUUAAAAAUAAAAAUGUGAGAAUCCCCUUGACACUCCCACCAUCUUCACCCCCACCUCAGGUCCUUCUCCAGCUCUCCUUCUGGCUUCAUCCUGUCUUCCACGGCUCUCCUGUCCCACCUAUUCUCCCUGCCGGUGCCCAAGUUUUAGCCUUCACUGCCUUCCCCUAGAACUCACCAGGGAUAUUGCAUUCUGUCCUCACUGUCUUGAGGAUCUUCCUCCCUGGCUCAUCACUCCCCAUGGGCAGCUGCCAGGGUAGGCGCUGUCACCUUCUGUUGACAACAGUCAGUAGCUCCUAAGUACUAAAACUUCUCAGCCCAGCAUUCAGCUCUUUGGAGGAGUCCAUCUGUCCCUUAGCACAUCCAGGAGUAAGGAUUCCGACUAGUCCGCUCCUCAUCCUGGUGUCUUCAGCUUCUCUGCUGCCAUGUUCUUUGCUGGGAUGGCUGCUUCCCAACUCCACCUCCAGAAUCAAGGAUAUUCCUCCAAGCCCAGCUCGAAUGCUUGAUCUGCCUGGAGCCUUCCUGGUCAUCCUUGGGUGACCUGGAGCUGGUGCUGUUAGAGCACUUCUGCUCUGCCCUGAUAUGCAGUUGUUGUGAAUGGGCCACUCCAUAGUUUAUCCUUCCUCACACCCCUGGGGCAUAGUACCCUAUUCAAGUUUGUCCAAUGAGUGCAUGGGUGAAUUAAUGAAUAAAUGAACAAAUGAGUCUUUGCCCUAGACAACUUAAGGUCCUCACUCUGCAUUAGGAGCCUCCAUUUUUCUCCAGAUGGUUGAAAUAACCAGCCUCUGAAGGAGCCAAUGGUUUGGUCACUGCUCUCUCAGCAAAUUACAGUCACUGUCACUUAGCAUGGAGAGUGGACAUUGCACAUCACCGUGAAACCUUGCAGAGGAGGAGAGGGCAGUCCUUUCUUUCAUCAGAAGAAAGGACAAAAUGACUCCUUAUGAAGCAUUUUGUGCCCUCUGUGAGAAAACAUGUAUUUAGAUCAGAUAAACUCUAGUCAAAAUACAAAAAGGAAAAAUGAAAGACCUCUGAAAUAGGAACAAUCUCUUGAAGAGGCAAAUGACUCAAAACUGCUCAAUGGCUCUUUCAGAAAAUCUAAGUAAAGUUCCCUGACAACAGAAACUGAAGAGAUUGCCUGGUUCAUCUUGUAGUCUUCCAAAACAGCAGAUAAUUUCUGAAUCUCAGAUGUUGAAUCAGUACAACGGGAUGGAUUUCUUGUUCCUAAGAGUUAAAUGAUCACAUACAUAAAAGAGUCUGAGCCUGAGCAACAUAGUGAGACCCUGUCUCUACAAAAAAAAAAAAAAAAAAGAUUAACUAGGCGUGGUGGUGCACACUGAUAGUCCCAGCUACUCAGGAGGCUGAGGUAGGCGGAUCACUUGAGCUAGAGAGUUCAAAGCUGCAGUGAGCCAUGUUUGUGCCACUGCACUCCAGCCUGGGCAACAAAGUGAGACACUGUCUGGAAAAAAAAAAAAAAAGUGUCUGCAUAAUUCCUGGUGCAUUUUGUGGAUAUACAAUAUGAGUAUGUGUUCCAUGUUUUCAGAAAUUCAAAGGAAGCGUUUCCACAAUAUGUGAUGGUUUAUUUCCCAAGAGAUGAAAAGAUUCAUUAAGGUGCAUGCUUUGAUUUAACAUCUGCAAACAUUUAAAAAAUAUAACAGUGUGUCACGUAGCAGUGACAGUACUAUCUUUUUUUAAAAAGGGAAAUUAAGAUUUAUUUCUGGCCAAUGUGAACAGAAAUAAGUCACUUUAUCUCACUGAGCACCAAUUUUACACGUGGAAAAUAGAAGAAUUGGACCAAAUCAGCAGUUUCAAGCUGAGUUGCAAAAGUUCAUGGAGCCAUUUCAGUCGCUUCAUGGAAUCGGAGUAGGCAUGAGGCCCGUUGUUCUUUCAACCUGAGCCACGUGGCUCUCGUGUCUUUAAACCUUGUGGUAGGAUUUUUUUUUUUUUCUGCUUUAAUAAGUGAAGGGUCAGGGCACCAGUUGGUGUCUGAGAUGCCCUCCAGUCUGGGGAACCCCGUAGAUUCUUAGACUACUUUGAACUGAAGUAUGUGCAGUCUGCCAUCUCACAUUAAAAUGUUGGCAUUUUGUCUAUUGCUUUUCUUUCAUCUGCACAAGAGGAAGGAGAGAACGAAUCAAUACAACCACUCUUUUCCUUGAGACUGCAAAGAAAAUGGUUCUAUAGUUUGAUGGUUCUACUUCCCAGAUGCUACCUCUCAGAUUUAUUCUCAACAGAAAAUUUUUUGAUUACAGCAGACCAGAUCUUUAUCUGUCAAUAAGUUAAAAAAGAUAAUCUGGGCUGGAUGUGGUGGCUCACGCCUGUAAUUCCAGCAUUUUGGGAGGCCAAGACGGGAGGAUUGCUUGAGCCCAGGAAUUUGAGACCAGCCUGGGCAACAUGGUGAAACCCCAUCUCUACAAAAAAAUACAAAAAAAUUAUUUGGGACUGGUGGCGCAUGCCUGUGGUCCCAGCUACUCGGGAGGCUGAGGUGGGAAGAUCAUUUGAGCCCAGGAGGUUGAGGCUGCAGUGAGCUAUGAUCUUGCCACUGCACUCCAGCCUGGGUGACAGAGUGAGACCUUGCCUCAAAAAGAAAAAAAUAAAGAAAAGAAAAUCUGAAAGGGAAAGCAGGCAUCAACUUCCAGGGAUCUAAUAACUUCCUAACUUAAAGCAGCAGAACUUACCUAACUUUUGGACUUUUCAUUUUAAAACUUUGCCUUUAGCAGUGGACACUGUCCUCAACACAGCUACAGUUUAUGUAACACAGAGUCCAUAUGAUAUGCAUGUCUGUAUCAAAAUGUCAUAUGUAGAAAUAAAGUAUUAAAUAUUAAGG